GAGCUGUGGAGUCUGUCGGUUGGUCGAGCCGGUGAGAGGCUUGUCUCAGGGAAGACGCCAGUAUGGAGUCACCGCGGGACGUUCGAAUGUUUAAACGGAACCAUAGGACAAGGUCCACUAUAUCGUCCUGUUCAUCCCUCGCCAUGGAGAUGAAAAGAAAGAAGAUAAGAGAUGGUGUUUUGCUUGCACAAAACGAGGACUAUAAUCUCCAGGAGCUGAUAGACUUUGAGAUGCGAAUGAGAGCAGGUGCAUAUAAGCUUCUGGUGGCCAGUACAAAGAGAGAACAGAUCCUGGAUGCAGCUAAAAGCCUGUUAACCUGCAACGCACGAAUCAAAGCCUACAUGACUGAGGCACAGAGAAGGAAGGAAGAGCAAGAUGUCCCUGAAAGACUUCGACGGAGAACUUCAGAUUUACAGAAUGGAGUGCCUUGCAAGGGAAAAGUUGCCAUAACUGGUCUGCGGCUGCCACUAUUCUGGAAGGAUUCUGAACACUUUAACACCAAAGGAAACUCUCAGCGUGUUGCAGUCUUCUGUUUAAUGAAGCUUGGUUCUGAGAUAUUUGACACAGAAAUGGUGAUUGUUGACCGAACAGUGACUGAUAUCUGCUUUGAGGGUGUAACCAUCUUUUCUGAGGUUAAGCCAGACUUUGACCUAGCUGUUGAGCUAUACAGCUGUCCAGUGGAAGAGGAAGGAACUGUGGUCAACACCCCAAAAAAACUGGCCAGGAAGCUGAGGUCCUCUUUUGGGAAGGGAUCUGGAAGGAAACUCUGUCCCCUUCUGGAUGGAGGAGAUCCUGAAGCUUUUCUUCAAUCCAAUCCAAUUCCACCUGGAGCAAAAUAUUCACUUUUGGCACACACCACUCUGGGAUUGGAGCAUACGGGGAAGUCAUUCCAAUCUCACUCACUCAUAGUUUUACAGAGCGUGGAGAUGUCAUCAUGGUUGCCUCUCUAUGGAAACUUGUGCUGUCACCUGGUGGCACAGCCUGACUGCAUGACACAGAAUGUGAUGAGUGGUUAUCUUAGCCAGCAGCAAAGUAUUGAGGGUUUGCAACACUGCUGCAGGCUGUACUGUGUGCUGAAAUCCAGUCAGAUCUCCUGUUACUUCAGUCCUGAGGAGAUUGAAGCUAAAAUGGAGCCCAGUGUAAUAAUCCCCAUUAACAAGGAUACUCGCCUUCGUGUUGUGGAUGGCAACCCAAAAGGUGGAGCUAGGCUGAGCAUCAUUAAUCCCGGAACAGGAGACCCUGCGAGCCAUAUAUUCAUAGCUGAGACACCUGAAUUACUGCAGGAUUGGCUCAGUGCUCUAUUGCAACAUAUCUAUGAUCAGAGUCAAUGGCAGCACACCUGUGAUAAGCUGAUGGAAAUUGAGGUCUUGUCUCCACGGAAACCCCCACUUUUUCUUACAAAGCAAGCUGACUCAGUCUACAAUGAUCUCAGUAUUGGCUCACCAGGCAAAUUCGAGAGUUUGACAGAUCUAAUUCAUAGUAAGAUUGAAGAAACAGAUGGACGCUUUCUUAUUGGUCAGGAGGAGGAAAGAGAGCCUCCUCAUUGGACGGCUUUGUUCGAGGGCUCCCGGCCAAUGUUGGUGCAGAAGACUGUGUUGUCCCCAGGAAAAGAUGGGUCUCCGUUCGUGACCAGUCCAGGCUUAAACAGCAGUAAGAAAAGAAGAGCACCUCCACCACCCCCUGACAAAUUACCAUAUGUCCAUCCCUCUGCCCACCCAUCAUGUCCUCCAUCAUACCAAGAAAAAGAGAAUUCCAACAAGGGGAUCAGGCCUCGGACCGGGCGUCCAUCUUUGGAUGCUAAAUUCUCAGCCAUGAUUCAGCAGUUACAGAAGACCCAUGGGCCCACCCGCAAAAAUCCACCUUUAGCCCAGGUCGAGCCCUCUCGGAACCUUCCCAUUCCAGUCAAGAUGGAAACAGAGCUCAACCUGUCUAAACAUGCAGAAAACGCAAGCAGCCAAGCCCCUCAGCCACCUCAGCCUGCCCCAAGAAACAAACUGAGGAAGUCUUUUAGAGAGAAAAUGAACCCCAAAGCUUGGUGAACAUCUAUGGUUUCUUUGUAUGUUAAACCCUUAAGUCUUCUAUUUAGAGGAAAGCCCUUUAUCCUUAUCUUUUCCUACUAAUUUCCAAACCACUACUGCUGUAAUUUAUAAUAACAUCUUGAGCUUCUCUGUUGGGCUGCAGGACUGAAGACCAGAACUUAAAAAUAUACAAUGCAUGUCUUCAAGCCUAGCUUGCUGAAAAUAAAGAGACUUGGGACUUGUCCAUCCUUAUCAUAUAGUGGGCAAUUUUAAUUAAUUUAAAAAAUCUUGACACAUGGAUUUGUGUGAGUGCACAAUAGGGGACUACAAACGGCAUUAAGUCUUGUCUUAUGUUGGUUUCAGCAUACAGCCAGUGUAGGUUUUCCAUGUUUACCUUGGGCAUUAGUCUUAAACUUUUGAUAUUAGAAAUUAUAAAAAUAAAAGAAAUAACCACUAGUCACAAACAUGUAUAGAUUUUUAACAUUGAUUUUAAUGUCAUGCACAUUUUUUCUUUUUUCAUUUCCGUAUAACUGUAUCACUUGUCAUUUCAGAAGCGUGUUGUGUAGAUGGUUCCUGAAUGUUGAAGGCUAUAUUGUGACUACAUUCAACACUACGGUGCCUAUUCCACUGUACUUCAGUUUAAAUGUUCAUAGGAACGAAUUCAAAUGUAAAAUAUUACUUUAGGUUUGGAAUGAUUCAUAAUUAUGAGAUGUUCAGGAUGAAGGUGAACUGGAACAUUGACUUUUUUUACUUUUUUUAAGCUGUGAUUGAACAAAUAUUCUUAUUAGAAAUGACGUGAAUGAAUUCAAUUAUUUCCAUUAUUACCAUUUCCCAAUGGUCAAGAGUUAUUAUGCAAUAAUUAUCUUUUUACUGUAAUUACUUGCUUUAAUUCAUAUAGAGAACAUUUCUGUUCUUUGCAGGUAUCUUUUCUGCUUAGUCCAGAAUAAAGCACUCUAACUUUC